CCUUUCGAGUACAAGAUUUCCAUCCAACACGCUCGGUAAAAAAAAAAAACAAUUCCGAAUAAAAUGUUAUUACUAAAAUCAUUAACGAUCUUAAUAAUUUUCUGGCUAAAAUCUGUGAAUAGUGCAAAUAUUCUCUUUAUAUCACCAACGGCAUCGUACAGUCAUAGUGUGGUUUAUUUUCCAAUAAUUCGUGAGCUUUCAUUACGUGGCCAUAAAGUCUUAACCAUAAUACCGGACUUAAUUAAUGAUCCCGAAUUAACAAAUUUAACCGAAAUCGAUAUUCAUGAUGAAGCAUAUACGACAGUACGAGCGCAUUUACCAGUGAUUAUCAAGCAAAUGGUUAAUAAUGAUGGACGAGCUAUUGAUGAAACACGAUGGUAUCAGAAUUAUUCGUAUGAUGCUACAGAAGUAUUAUUUCAAAAUCCCGAUGUUCAACAUUUAAUUCGACAUCCAGAACUGUAUCAUUUUGAUGUUGUCAUAACGGAAUGGUACACAUAUCAAGCGAGUACAGCUUUUGCGGAUCUAUAUAAAUGUCCAUUGAUUGGUAUCUCAUCAUAUUCGUUAUUUUUAUCGGGAUUGGAUUCAAUUGGGAGUCCAACACAUUCCACAUAUGUACCAAAUUCAUGGGAUCUAUAUGUGAAUCCUCGAUCGUUCUGGGAUCGUUUUAAAAGUUUCUUAAAUGCAAUUGAAUAUCGAUAUGAUUUUAAGAAUAAUUAUUAUCCACGUCAAGUGUAUUUGGCGAAGAAAUAUUUUGGUAAUAAUGUUACAGAUAUCGAAGAGAUUGAGAAACGUGUUAGUUUGGUGUUAACAAAUACGAAUCCAAUAAUACAUGGAUCCUAUCCAAAAGCGGCGAAUUUAAUUCAAUUUGGUGGAAUACAUGAGCAAGUUUAUAAGCCGUUACCAAAGGAUUUAGAACAAUUUUUGGAUAAUGCCAAAGCUGGAUUUAUAUACUUCAGUCUUGGGUCAAAUAUCAAAAGUGCUUUAUUAGGCGAAAAAAAUAUUAAUACGAUACUCAACGUAUUUAAAACACUUCCAUAUAGAGUGUUAUGGAAAUUUGAAUCGGACAAUUUACCUGGCAAACCGAAUAAUGUAUUCAUUUCCAAGUGGGUUCCACAACGUGCUGUCUUAGAGCAUGAAAAUAUACGGUUGUUCAUAACUCAAGGUGGUCUACAAUCGGCUGAAGAAGCUAUCAGUGCCCAAGUACCAUUAAUAAUUAUACCAUUUUUUGCGGAUCAAAGUCAAAAUGCUGGUCGUUUCGAAGAACUUGGUAUUGGAAAACGUUUAUUACGUACAGACAUUACGGAAAUUACCUUGGCAAAUACGAUCAAUGAAAUUAUAAACAAUAGCAGUUAUAAAAAAGCUAUUAUCGAAGUAUCAAAUACAUUAUGGGAUCAAGACACUGAUCCAUUGGAUCGUGCCGUAUGGUGGAUUGAAUAUGUAAUACGACAUAAAGGUGCUAAAUAUUUACGGAAUCCAGCAUUAGACGCUCCAUGGUAUCAAGUUCAAUUAUGGGAUAUUUAUUUAUUUAUUUUUAGUAUUUUUAUGUUGUUAUGUGGCUCUGUAUAUUAUGUGAAUCGACAAUUAUAUUUUUAUAUUCAAACUGCAUGUACAAAAACUUCUAAAUUUCAAAAACUUAAAAGUACUUGAUACAUCUUUUUAAUCCCCGAUUAAAAAAAGGGGUGUAGUAAGUUUAACGAGUCUGUGUAUCUGUGUGUCUGUCUGUUUAGAGGAGCUAUCAUGCCCCAAACGAGUCGAUCAGACCUGAUUUUAAGGCGGUUAAUUUUUUUUAGAAUUUUUAAUUA